GAUGGGUAUUAUAAAAGUAUUAACUGUAGUACUGAGUGUGGGUCUGGUCCUGGGCCACAAUCACAAUCAGCAAAAGGAGCAGGACGCGAAAUACAAUUGGUGGCAGCACGAGGUCUUCUAUCAAAUAUACCCGAGGUCCUUUCAGGACAGCAAUCAAGAUGGAAUAGGGGAUCUGCGGGGCAUCACAUCCAGGCUGGAGUACUUCAAGGAGACUGGCAUCACGGCCGUUUGGCUCAGUCCCAUCUACGAGUCGCCCAUGGUGGACUUUGGGUAUGAUAUUUCCAACUAUACGAACAUUCAGCCGGAAUAUGGAACCCUUGAGGACUUUGAUGCCCUGAUAGCCCGCGCCAAUGAACUGGGCGUCAAGGUUAUCCUGGACUUUGUCCCGAAUCACAGUUCGAAUAAGCAUCCCUGGUUCAUCAAGUCAGUGGCCAGGGAUCCGGAAUACGAGAAUUUCUACGUGUGGGAGGAUGGCACUCUCCUGGCGAAUGGCACUCGGGUUCCGCCCAACAAUUGGUUGUCGGUUUUCUCCGGAUCCGCCUGGGAAUGGAACGACGAACGACAGCAGUACUAUCUCCGGCAGUUUACCUACGGCCAGCCGGAUCUUAACUACCGGAACCCGGCCGUCAUCCAAGCCAUGGACGAUGUGAUGCUCUUCUGGCUGAACAAGGGAAUAGCCGGUUUCCGCAUCGAUGCCAUUAUCUAUAUCUACGAGGAUGCUCAGUUGAGGGAUGAGCCUCGCAGCGGAGCCACCGAUGAUCCCAAUUUGGAGAACUAUUUGGAUCACAUCUACACCAGGAAUCAACCAGAGGACUACGGUCUCCUACAGCACUGGCGGCAGCUCCUGGACAACUACUCGGCCACUCACGAUGGACCCCUUAGGAUCAUGAUGACCGAGGGCUAUGCCUCGGUGGCCCAGCUGAUGGAAUACUACGAGGAUGCGAACGGAGUUCAGGGUCCUGAGUUUCCCUUCAACUUUGACUUUAUCACCGAACUGAAUGAGAACUCAACGGCUGCGGAUUUCGUGUUCUACAUCCAAAGGUGGCUCAUCUAUAUGCCGCAUGGUCAUGUGGCCAAUUGGGUGAUGGGUAACCACGACAAUCCUCGAGUGGCCUCGCGUUUCGGGCCAAAGACUGUGGAUGCCAUGAAUAUGCUGCUGAUGACACUGCCGGGCAUUGCAAUUACCUAUAAUGGUGAGGAGCUGGGCAUGACGGACUACAGAGACAUCAGCUGGAGCGACACUGUCGAUCAGCCCGCCUGCGAAGCGGGACGGGAUAACUACAAGUGGAUUUCCAGAGAUCCCGAGCGUACUCCCAUGCAAUGGAACGAUGGACUCAAUGCUGGGUUCUCCAAUGCCAGCCACACCUGGCUGCCAAUGAAUCCCAACUACAGGGAGCUGAAUCUACGCAAUCAGCAGGUGGCCAGGCGGAGUCACUACAAGAAUUAUCAGUCUCUGCUGAAGCUCAGGCAGUUACCUGUCUUGAGGAAUGGGUCCUUUGUCCCGGAGGUGGUAAAUCGCAGGGUAUUUGCUUUCAAGCGAGAGCUCAAGGGUGAACACUCUCUGCUAACCAUCCUGAACGUGAAGAACGGCACCGAGGUGGUGGACAUAGGCGACUUCAUUGAUCAACCCAACCGACUAAGUGUCCUGGUGACCGGAGCGGAGUCACAGUACCGAGUGGGAGAUCGACUCAAGGCCGAGGCCAUUGAACUGGCCCCCUAUGAGGGCCUGGUCAUCCAGCUGAACAAGCGAAAGUAAUCAGCGACAACUAUUUAGUAUUCAGCAUUAAAGCAUGAGAAAGUUUUCCAUUGGCCACACAA